AUGACUAGCAGGUCCAGAAGAAGUCAACCCGUUACUCGCGAUUUUCCAUGGUAUUCUUUUCCACUAAAUGUUGCACCUGAGACACAUGCGCGUUCGACUGUUAAGCUUGACUUACUCAAGAAAAGAAAGGUGCAUGUUCCAGCUGAGGUUGAUUGGCACUGGAUUGGAAAUUCGGGUUUGAUGGAGGCUAUGGAACCUUACCUUAAAAAGGUAUUUAAUGGAGUUCAUGGACAGUUUAUGUGUUUGGGUUGGAGACGCAUUUUUGAGAUUCAAGAGGUGGUUUACAAGGAGUUGGUGUAUGAGUUUCUUGCCAUAGUAUCUUUCGCAAGAAAAGACGGGAUAUAUGCGGAUGAUAAUCUUACUUUUUGCCUUGGAGGGGAAAGGCGUUCCUUAAGCAUAGCUGAUUUUGCACUACGGGUUGGCAUCUACCUUCCAGCUGAAGUCCAUACACCAUUGUACCAACAAUUUAUAGCAGCCUCCAUUAGGAACAUCGAAGGGUUCAAAGCAGAGGACCAUUGGCAUUCUAUUGCUAAUGGGGUUUACCACAAGGGAGAGGGAUAA